AUAUCCUUGCACUUUGUGUCAAAAUUGCCUUUCAUUGAAAAUAUUAAUACUAUAAAAAAACACUAUUAUAGUUGCCCUAACGGAUCAAGAACUUGACAAAAAGCUUUUAAAUGGAGCUCGGGAUCGUAGAAAAUGGGCAAGAAGAAUCGAUCAACUUAGUUGAGACAGAUAAUAAGGAUAAGCCUUUCCGAGCUGUUUGGAUGAUAUUAAUGGCGAUUCUAAUAAAUUUUUGCUUGAUGGCCCUGUCUGUUCCUUUAUACCUCUAUCUGAAUUCUGUAAACGAAGUGGUCAAACAACGUUUAAUGGACUAUAUACUUGUUGGUGGAGCUCUUAUAGGAAUUCCAAUGUUGUACAGACUAGGAGAUCUAUCGAAGGGCCGACCAAAUUUCUACUACAUUUAAAUACUUCAUUUGAUCGACCUCACUUGGGCAUAUACAUUAUCCCCACAUUUUACGAACAACACACACGAGAAUCCGGAGUCUUAAAUUUAGGGUAACAAGUUAGCAAAUAAAAAACACAAGAUGUCGAUCAGAAGGGGAGGAUUGAUGU